UUCUUCAUUCUUUAGUGGAAUGGCGAUGGCGCUCCCGCAUUGCGCCAUGGUUGGGAGAUCUAUCUCUCCGCUAGUGAAGGUCAGGAAGGUCUCGAUUUCCAGAAGAGUCACGGCGUGCGCUGUUGGGGAAGGAGAACGCGCAGCAUUGAGGCAAGAUCGCGAUAGUUCGAAUCGAAAUGGAACAGUCUAUGCUCGAGCCAUGGAUUCCAUGCCUCCGGAGGGCUUUGCAGUGCUCAUGUCCUGUGGCGUGGGGCUCUUGACUGGAAUCGGCGUCGUAGCAUUCAACUACACAGUGCACGAAAUCCAUGACAUUGUGUGGCAUGGAGUUCCUCGAGUGACGUGGUUUAGAUCCCAGCCGCUUGCCGAAACUUGGAAGCAGAUUAUGAUUGUGCCUGUGGGUGGUGGAUUCGUUGUUGGUUUGAUCAACUUCCUACAGUCCUGGAUCGAUCGGAGCGACUCCAAAUUGUGGACAAAGGUACAAGCUCUUUCGAGGCCGCUCUUAAAAAGCGUAGCUGCUGCUGUGACUCUUGGCACGGCCAAUUCACUGGGUCCAGAAGGCCCGAGUGUGGAGAUCGGUGCAUCGGUUGGUAAUGGCAUCGGCUCAGCGUUUAGAAGUAGCCGCGAGAGAACGCUAGCCCUCAAGGCUGCCGGAUCUGCAGCAGGCAUUUCAUCUGGAUUUAAUGCAGCUGUAGCCGGGUGCUUCUUCGCUGUUGAAUCCGUGCUAAAAUCUUCACUUGCUGCUGAUUCGGCUGGGUCUUUAACCACUGCCAUGGUUAUAUUAAGUUCCGUUCUUGCCACCGUUGUUUCCCAAGCAGGACUUGGAAGCGAUCCGGCUUUUAAGAUUCCAAGUUAUGACUUUCGAUCUCCCGCAGAGCUCCCUUUGUAUCUCGUGCUUGGUGUCAUUUGUGGAGGUUUGUCGAUCUCCUUGACAAAGUGUUCCGCAGCCGCUUCUUCUUUAUUUGACAACCUGCAGAAAUCAACAGGCAUUCCUUCAGCGUUUUUGCCACCUCUUGGGGGAUUAUGUGUUGCAGUGAUCGCUCUUGCGUACCCGGAAGUUCUCUACUGGGGUUUCGAGAACGUCGAUGCAAUAUUAGAGUCAAGACCCUGGGCAAGAGGUCCGCCAGCUGAUCUACUUUUCCAGAUUGUCGCAGCAAAAGUGGUAGCUACAUCUCUGUGCCGCGGUUCUAGACUCGUUGGAGGUUUUUAUGCGCCUUCUCUCUUUAUUGGAGCUUCUCUGGGGUCAGCUUAUGGUAAACUAGCAGGAUACAUUAUCAGCCACGCGAAUCCUAUGUAUCAUCUCGACGCUUUGGAAGUGGCUGCGCCGCAAGCAUAUGCGUUGGUCGGAAUGGCAGCAGUGCUUGCGGGAGUCUGUCAAGUGCCUUUUACAUCUAUUUUGCUGCUUUUUGAACUCACCCGUGACUACCGUAUCAUACUACCUCUCAUGGCAGCGGUUGGUCUAUCAUCGUGGAUUGCCUCGAGCUAUAUUAGCCAAGAAAAGUCUGGAUCACUGGAUGCGACGAGUUCAAAGGAUGAUAAGGAGGAACUUUGCUACGUUGAAGAGUCGUUAUGCGUGACAGAUGUUUCUGAAACCAAGCUGGCUAAGGAACUUCUCGUAUCGGCUGCUGUUCGGGAGGACUACCUCGCAGUUACUCCAGAUGCUAACGUUGAAGCCACGCUUUUUUCGAUGCUUAGAGAGAAGAAAUGGUGCGCGCUGGUCAUUGGAAGCAACAAGUGUCUGGAAGGUAUUCUUACUCUCGGAGACAUCCAGGAAGAACUUCGAAAGCCUUCUGAGGUUCCUCAAAAGAAAGUAUCUGAUAUCUGCAGGACGAACGUCGUUACUGCAAAGCUCCGUAUGAAUUUGGAAAGUGCUCAAAGGCUUCUAGCCAAUCGUGGCUUGAGGCAGCUUCCUGUUUUAUCAGAAGAUGGACAGGUUGUUGGCAUCAUCGAUCAAGAUGCGAUUAAGCUAGCUUGCAGGGUAGAGGCAACAAAGAAGCUUCUGCCUAUGCAGUGAACUUGCUCUCACUCGAAGUUCUCGGAAUGUUUUAACGGAAAUGGUCGGCACGGGUUCCACUUCUUUUAUAUUUUUCAAGAACCGAGGCGUAAUGCGACCUUAUCUUAUCAGCGGCGAGCCGUAACAGACAUGGAUUAUGAAAAUCCUUCGCA